AUGGGCCGCCGGACGUUUAGUGUCGCUGCUGUCGUUGCGGAUCGACUUUUCCUCAUUGCCGGUGAAGAUGAGAAGCACCCGCGGGUCUGUUCCUCUGUUGAUGUUGCUGUCGUUCGAGGUAGCCAUCAAUGUGGGGGAGUUCCGCUGCCUUCAACCCCUAUUGUUGUUGCUAGUGCUGUUACCGCCAUGCUAUCCCUUUUCUACUGCCACCAGCCACCGUGGGAGGUGGCUGAUUGUCUAGGAGCAAUUGAUGGAACGUAUAUUGAAGUUAAUGUCCUUGACUCAUAUAAACCAAGGUACCGAACAAGAAAGGGUAAUAUAGCAGUGAAUGUGUUAGGUGUCUACAAUCGUGACAUGAAUUUUGUCUACGUCUUAGCUGGUUAGGAAUGUUCGGCUACUGAUUCAAGGGUUUUGAGG